AUGUGGCCUGAUUACAUUCCCAUUCCCAUGCACAACCGAACGCUGGAGGAACAAGGACUGGAUUCAAACCCUAUGUACAGCUUGUUCUUAUAUCGAGAGGGCCAUGCCUGGGGAGGCAGCAGCAGUUUAGAGGAGGCAAAGAGGAGCCUCUGUGGGACUGUGCCCGUGCUCUUCAUCCCAGGGAACGCGGGCUGCUACAAGCAGGUGCGCUCCCUGGCGUCUGUCUCGCACCACAUCUACCACGCCUCUCACGCUCAACACAAAACAGGGAGGGGCAGCCCUCCCUGCUUCGUCUGUGGAGAAGAGCCACACACGGAGAUUCUCACAGCCGCAGCAGAAUCAAGUGGAAGGGCAGAGGCAGGAGGAACAAGAGGAGUUGGAACAGGAACAGCAGCAGGAAGAGAAACUGGAUCAGGGAAGGGAGGGGGGAGAUCAGCAGCAUACCCAGCUGCAAUGGCGUGGUUCUCGGUGAAUCUAAGGGAGCACCUGACUGCUCUUCACAGCGCUCUGCUUCUCCGGCAGUCAGCCUUCGUUGCUGCUGCUGUCAACGAGAUACUCUCCCUCUACAAUUCUUCCUGUCCGUCCACGCCUGCCCGCCCAUCCUCUGUGCUGCUAGUGGGUCACUCUAUGGGGGGGAUAAUCGCCCGCCUGGCCCACAGGAGACUCACAUGGGGAGAAGGUUUGAAGCAGGAAGAGAAAAUGGAGUGCGAGGGAGAGGUGAAGGAGUGUGCGUGGAAGGAGGAAACACAAGGAGAAGGUGGGGGUGGACGGGAGCAAGAGAGGGGGCAGUGCGAGUGGGACAGAAAGAAACUGGUGCAGACAAUUAUCACCAUUGCCACACCGCACAGCCUCUUCCCCCUCCCCCUGCAGCCAUCCAUGCUCGCGCUUUACCACUCCCUCAGCCGCCACCCUUCCCAGCACUCUCCCUCCUCCCCUCUGCUCCUUGUCUCGCUUGCUGCUGGCCGAAGUGACUGGCAGGUCCGUUCAUGGGCGGCAGCAGUACCUCCGUCCCCAAAUACCACCUCCCUGCACCUCCCAAUCAGCACCUCCCCUCAACUUUGCUCUUAUUCCCCUUCAUCCUCCCCUUUCCCCCCUUCCCUCACCCUCCUUCCCACUCCCUCCAGGUCCGUUCAUGGGCAACAGCAGUACCCCCGUCCCCAGAUACCACCUCCCUGCACCUCCCAUUCAGUACAUCCCCUCACGUGUGGCUGUCAGCAGGGCACGAGCAGGCAGUGUGGUGCAACCAACCCGUGGCUCAGCUUGCCCACGCCCUUCUUUCACUGGUCGACCCGCGCACAUCACAACCCUUCUCCUCCCCCAACACGCGCCGUGCAAUCAUCUCCUGCCACCUGUCUGCUUCACCUCUCCUUCCCCGGCCCUUGUUGCUGGGGGCUGCUCGUUCCUCUGCCCCCACCACCCAGUAGCAGUGCAUUCUCCCUGCCAGUAUCACCAGCAUCACAGCAGGUCACAGGUCAAGUGCCCCAGCCAUCUCCUCUUGCUCUGCUCAUGUUUCCUCUGGAGAUAGCUGAAGGGGCUGGUGCUGUAAGCAAGGCCACUCUGCACGUGAAUGUUAUCACCAACACCAAGGACAAACCUCGCCCUCCUCACCACUUUCUCUCGCCAAAUCCCGCCCGCUGCCAUCCAGCUGUUGCUAUUCUGACUGCUGGCGACUCUACUGCGGGCACUGCUGCUUCUGCUGCUUCUGAAGCUUCCGCAGACUCUGAAGCUGCGGCAGCCAGUGAAACCAACAGGCGCAGCUGCACCCACAAUGCAGGGAGCUUUAAUAUUCUCUCCACCCAUACCUUUCACCACUCCACUAUUCUUGAGCUAGACUCUCCGCCACCCCACCUCACUCGCCCGUCCUGCCACCACUGCACUUCCCGCCAAUCCCUGAGUGCCCAUCGAUGCAGUAACCCUCAGUUCGAGACCACUCAGAGCCCGCCAAGUCAUGGUGGCGGUUUCUUGAGUGAUGGCUCAGACAGGGCGGUGCAUCGGGGCAGGGAGGACGAACUGUCUUUGCUGCUGCUGGUAAGGCAUGCUGUGAAAACCCCACCCACACCCCCUACCUCCCACGUCCCCUCCCUCCGACGCCCCGUCCCACGCCCCUCCCUCCCUAACCCUCUCCCGCCCACAAACUGUCCCUCCCACACCCGCUCCUCCCUCCACACCCCUCCCACGCCCCACCCCCCCACACCCUCUCCCUUCCCACGCCCCCUCCCUCCCCUGCCUCCUCGCUUUCUCCCCACCUUCUCAACACCUUUCCCAAUCCGUCACCCUCUGAGACAAUACGUCCUGCAUGCUUUCCUUCUAAUACUGCUGCUCUUAGAGUUUCAUAAACCCCCAUUCCAUCACUGUAGAGUCUCGAAAAGGGCCGAAAUCCCUUCCCAAAGUUCCCAAUUCUUGAACCUUGAAGUUUCACAGAACUCUCCUCCCCUCCUCAUUGCCCGCAACCACUCACUCCUGCGCACCCCCACCCCCUCCCUCCAGGUCGACCCCUCCUGCCCCUCCUCCCUCCUCAUCUCUGUUGACCUCCCUCGCUCCCUCACCUCCCUCCUCCUCUCCUCCGUCCCUCUCGUCAUCGGCUCAGCCCUCUCACUCGCUCUCUGCACUUCCUCCUACCUCUUCUCUCUCUCGCUCUCCCACUCCUCCGCUCCCUCGCUCCACACUCUCCCUUCUCUCCUCUCUCUCAUCGCCUCUUCCCCUCCUGGCCCACUUUCUCUAGCGCCGUUUCACGCUCCCUCCUCUCCUCACUCAUCCUCUUCUCUCUCCUACACUCCCUCUCUCACUCCUCCCACUCCUCACUCCCCCUCUCUCUCGCUCACACCAUCUAACAUCACCCCCCACACACGGAUUAUUUCCCGCAGCCCAGCCCCAUUCUGUUUCCUCCUCCUCCUCCUCUCGCCCUCUCCCUCUCUACCACUCCCUCCUCUCUCCUCUCCUCCUCUCACUUCCCUCCCUUCCACGACUCUCUCCCACCCUCACCUCAUUCCUUCACACACUUAA